AUGGUCAAGACUUGGGAAGAACAACCCGACCUAACGCGAUCUUACUUGGAAAAGGCCCACAGAAGAAUGAAGAAGGGGGUCGACUCAAAGAGACGGCCAAAGAAGUUCUCCCCAGGUGACUUAGUCCUUGUGAAGCUAUUGCCCCAACAAUUCAAGACCUUCCGAAGCUUGCACAAGGGGCUUAUACGGAAAUAUGAGGGACCGUACCCGAUGGACAAGAAGGUAGGCAACGUAGCAUACCGGGUCGACCUACCUCCAACCCUUAAAAUCCAUCUCGUCUUCCACGUGAGUAUGUUGAACCCUUACAAAGGGGACGUGGGAGACCAAGCUGAGGUACGACGACGAGGGGUAUCGCCAAAAAAACGAUACUUAAUCAAGUGGGAAGGCCUCCCCGUGUCUGAAGCUUCAUGGGAGAUCGAGGAGGACUUAUUGCUUCAAAUAUACCCUCGAGAGAUACGAGACGACGAGGACACCGACACAACAGGUGGGGAAGAAUGUAACGCUCCACGCCACCUGACCCGCGUCGACUCGAGCUGCCCCGCGCCGACUCGAGUCGCCCCUCGCGCACACCGACAGAGAGCACGCACGUACGCACGCACAGAGGACUGGAUACGCGCGCACACGGGGCUGUCCGACCUAUUGAUGACUUAG